AGAAGGCGCUACUCCUGAAAAGGAAGUCGCCGUUCAAGAGGUUGCGAUAUCUUUGAUGCAAUCUGGGUUCACACAGAGUAUGGGCACGUAUUUUCUCCUCCACCAGACCAACCAUGGCGGGCAUUUGAUCCAUGCAUAAUUCUGGUCUAGGUCGUCUAGCUCUAGGCAGCAGGGGCUUCCAUCCUGGUCUAGGUCUAUUAGGCAGCUGAUGAUGCGAAUCUAUUCGGAAGGUUGCCUAAGAUUUACGUAAGAUGGUCUAGGCAGCUAAAAAAGUAGACUUAAACGCUUUUAGUGGGAAUAGAGUGGGCGUGUCGGAUGGUCUGUUCUUUGGAUGGGAGAAAAGACAGCAUCGUCUAUAGAAAGGGAGGCAUUUGGACCGUUCCAGUCUCAGGAUUGUCCAGUCGAAGCUGUCCAAAACAACGAGCUGAAUAGACUUCUGGCCUCAGUCGCCAACAAGCAUUCUACCUUAAGAGCAGGAGUUCGACAUCAAAUCUUGGAUGUAGUUGAUGUAGUUGUUGAUGUAGUUGUUGAUGCAGAAGUGCAACUACAGAUAUAUGUUAGCGAUCGUAGCUUUUGAAAUUGGUAGUAGCGUCGCGACAGCAGACAAGAUCUGUGGGUGUGAAUACUACUGCAGGAGUGACUCCUGCAGAUACAGGAGUACUGCAUGACAGAUGAAUACCUAUGUAUAAGAUCGCAGUAGUACUAAGUACUCGAAAACUGAAAAUAACCGAGUUACUGACUGAAAUAAGGGAGGUAGCUCUGACAGGGCUACUCUUCCUUGUUCAGUAUCUCGCUUAUUGUAAGUAGUUACUCGCUUAUUUCAGUUUUUCGAAUAGAUGUUGCAGGCACCUUUGCCCCCUUCUCUUCCAGUACAAAUGUGCUUGUAACUUCAAGUAAUCGAAAACUUAGAAUAAGCGAGUAGUUACCGGAAAUUAAAGGGUCCCUACGUAUAGAUACGUUGUUCCUCUUUCAGUAUCUCGGUAGUUGUUCAAAGAAGUACUCGGUUAUUCAAAGAUGAAGUAUUAACUUGCUUAUUUCAGUUUUUCGAAGUACAACAUUGAUCUUACUUUGAUCUUUGAUAUUACCCCACACUGUCUGAGACUGACUCCUGUCUGAGACUGAGAAAGCAGAAAGCAGUAGACGAGAGCCAGAUUGGCUCACUUUUCUCUCUCUUUAGAUGCACUUCUAAUACCUCUAGCCAGAUUGGCUCACUUUUCUCUCUCUUUAGCUUCUAAUACCUCUACCCCUCGAAAGCGCAACGGAACAUACCGUCCAGCAGUGGGGCUUUCCCCCGGCUG